CUUUCGUUUUGAUAGCCUUGCUGUUGCCUGCGAUUCACCGCCGUCCGUCCAACAAUUGACACCUGGUCAACUCGUCAACACCAGCGUGACCGCGAUACGAUACAAUACCAGCGCGACAGCCCCGCGCCAGACGUGCUGUGCUGUGUUCGACCUGAAUCCUCUCGCCCCAACGCUAUCAUCGUCACGCGAUCGAGCACACGACACCCUGGUAUUGCACCUACAAUACCGACAUAAUGUUUGGCUUCAUCGCGGACAUCCUCACCUCCAUCUUCUCCGUCCUUCUGCCCGUCUUCUUCUCCUACAAAGCCCUCCGUACCUCCGACCCAGGCCUGCUCUCACCAUGGCUCAUGUACUGGACCACGCUGUCCAUCUUCCUCGUCGUCGAAAACCAGUUCAACUUCAUCCUGUCCUGGAUCCCAUUCUACAGCUGGAUCCGACUCGGCGUGCAUCUCUAUCUCGUUGCGCCCGGCCAACAGGGCUGCGUUUUCAUCUACAGAGAGCACAUCCACCCAUUCUUGGAAGAGCAUGAGAGACAGAUUGAUCGCUUCAUCAGCGACUCGCACGCGAAGGCCAAGGCCGCUGGCUUGGACGCAGCUAAACAGGUUGUUGAGUAUGUGAAGGUUAACGUCAUGGGCAUGCAGCCUAGGCCGCCAACACCACCUCCCAGCCGGAACGUGAGCUACACCACGCAACUUUUCAAUCGCUUUGCCAUGCCAUCCGCGCGUCAAGGAUUGGCUGCAGCUGGCACAAGCGAUAUCUUUGGCCUAAUUGGGAAAGCUCUGCAACAAACCACGUAUGGAGAUGCGCAUACGACAGACACGCAAGCUCGCGAUCUGGCUGCUUCUGGCACUCUCAUUCCCCCAAAUCUGGCAGGCGAAGAGCGUGAGGACUUUGUCAAUACGCAACGCGAGAAUCUAAGAACCCUUCUUCGGGCCUUUGACACCGAAGCUAUGAACUCGGCAGAUGCUGCGGCUUCCGGAUCGCAGCCACGUUCUGCUACACCACGCCCGCCGACGAGCCGCAAAUCGUACCUUCAGGCUUUGGAGACCGACUAUAUGCAUCGAUCGCGAUCGGAAUCCGAGUUCGAGGAUCUAGGAUACGAGCCCAUGCCGGAUCCGGAUGCAUACCGCCCUCGCCCCGAUGAGGAGACACGCCGUCCACCUCCCUCUCGUGGGAGUACUGGUUGGUCGAAUUGGAUCUGGGGCAACUAUGGCGAAAAGGACAGCGUGGUUGAUCCUAAGAAGGAUAUGUAGAACAGAGCUCCCACAGAUCUGUCACGUAGAGCUUUUUUGCACUGAAUGAUGAAUUAUGAGUGUACGAUUGGGUUUUUGGCGUUGGAUUUGGGAGAUAGACACUGUCGCAUGCUGGGAAUGGAAUCGCUGCGCGCUGCGGGGACAGGUACCGUGGCCAAACAGCUCAGGAAGUAGACGAGCACUGUGCUCAGGCUCCACAGCAUACGGUACUUGCGACGAACAUGAAUGAGAAUUCUUGUCGCAUACC